AUGAUUCUAUGGUCGAAGAGAACGCAACAAGCUACCCAAUCCACCCAGCACGCGUCUCAACCGAAUUCUGCAAAUACCAAUAGCCAUCUGUGGGGCUACCUUCAGCCAUGCAGCAACUUGCUUCGCCGCCUCGAUCUUUGGAAAGUUCAGCCCGCAGCUUCAGUAGGAAGGGCUCCCGACAAUGAUAUCAUUCUCCCUGGGAGCAAAGUCAGCAAUAAGCACUGCCGAAUCACCUGGGAUGGAAAGGAGGACAAAAACUCUGCAGUGACUGUUCUCGACACCUCCAGCAAUGGUACUUGGAUUAACGGUGUCAAGAUUGGAAAGGACAAAACCGCAGUCCUCAAGGAAGGCAAUGAGAUUGCUUUCGGUUCUCCCCAUGCCCAACCCGGGGACCUUGAAGACUAUCGAUUCAUUUACCGGCACACCGCCGCCGGUCCCCCGCAGGGCGGCCUUCAUGCUCAAUAUGACAUCAGCCACGAGAUCGGCAAGGGGUCAUUUGCAACUGUCAUGAAGGCUGUGUCGCGUGCAACGGGUCAGUGGUAUGCCAUCAAGAUCAUCCAAGACCAUAAGGUCAAGCGCGCCACUGCCAACAACAAUGAAACGUCAUUUGCGCGAGAGAUCAGUAUUUUGGAACGGCUCCAUCAUCGGAAUAUCUGCCAGAUGAAGGAAGCCUUUUUUGAAGACAAUAGUAUCAAUCUCGUUCUCGAAUUUGUCGAUGGAGGAGAUUUACUUGAUUACAUAUUAAGAGAGGGCGGCCUUAGGUUAUUUUCAGAGGAGCCGCUGGCUGUCCACAUAAUCGCGCAAGUUUGCGAUGCCCUUGCAUACAUCCAUAGCAAGGGGAUCGCGCACCGUGACCUGAAGCCCGAGAACGUGCUGCUAACUACGGAAAAUCCCCCCACCGUCAAAGUUGCCGACUUCGGUCUCGCCAAGGUUGUCGAUAGCGUCACUUUCCUCAGAACUAUGUGCGGCACACCCGCAUAUCUCGCCCCCGAAGUUGUGACUCAGCAAAACCAGGAAGGCUAUGAUCACCUUGUUGACAGUUGGAGCGUUGGGGUGAUCGUAUUUUGCAUGUUUACAUUGUCAAGCCCCUUCAUCGAAGACGAGAAUCAGCGUGAUCUCAAGGUCAGGAUCGCAGGACGCACGAUUCAGUGGAGCACUUUAGAUAAUGUAGAUGUUUCUCCGCUGGCAAGGAACUUCAUUGAGAGGUUGCUCGAGCAUGACCCUCGGGAUCGUAUGUCUCUGAGCGCAGCCUGCACUCACCCAUGGCUUGCCGACGUUCCAACACUCUCCCAUCUUCAGCCUCGCGCUAUUACCGAUUCCUCCGUCGCAUCUAUCCAAGAUGGUGCUUCCUGCGUCUCCUCGCUCGACGAAGAUGCAGAGAUGACUGAUGGCUCAAGCGAACCCACGGUAACCGAGGGUCUCAACAAACUCCAUCUGCGCCAACAAUCUGCCCGUGCGCCCCUCAAUCAAGAAAUCACAAAUGGCGUGCGAAAUGGGAAGCGCAAGUUGGACCCACAAAGCCCUCUACCGGAUAUAGACAUCGAGAAUGGGAAUCUGAAAAAGCCACGGCGGGUACCGGAAGCGAAUGGCCCCACUACGCGCACCAGAGCCGCAAAGGGACGGGGGCGUGGAGGUGCUUCGUCGCCACUGGCGCGGUUGCAGGAAGCAGCAGUUGGGAUGGUCGUGGAGGAGGAGCAUCUAGAGGACGACGAGGACGUGGAGGAAGCUACCGGUGCUGUAUCACACGCUCCACCGAGAAAAUCUGCUCGCGUGUCUCCCAAAAGGGGAGGACGCCGGGGGUAA